UUCUGGCUCGCCUCAACAACACUCCAGCAACUAGAGCUUUUUGCCUACAGCACUGAAAGGAACAAAGCCAAACUAUUCAUUUGUUUAUAUAUUUACUUGCAAUCGCAGGAGACCUAUAUCUCCAGUAGCUGAAUAUUUCUACUUUUCUUAAAUGAUGGAGGAGGCAACUGAAACGGUGAGACCUGUCCAGAGCAUUAGCAUUCCCAGUAUCAGGGUGACUGAAGCCAUGAAGAAUGAAGACUCGCUGGUCUUUGUUGUGACGGCCCAGGAGUUGUCUGGCAACCAGGAACAUCGAGUUGAAAGGACAUUCGAGGAUUUUGAGUGGCUGCAGCACUGCCUGUUCACACAGGAUGACGUCCCAGGGCUGCAAGGAGUCAUAUUUCCACCGCUACCCCCAAAGCCUGCUCAUUCUCAAUCAAACUUACAGCCAAAGGUUCUUCGGCAGCUUGGUUUCCUGGCGCUGGGGGAGGAUUGGAAACCCUACUGCAUUGCCCUGCAGAAAUAUCUCCAGCAGGUGGCAGCACACUCCACGCUCGGGACCAACACGGCCUGGCCCAGUUUCCUCACACACACAGAUCCCCCUGGGAAGCAGCGAAUGAGGAAAGGGCUCUUUAGUUGGCUCAGCCAGGCAGUGGAGGAGAAGAGGAAGGAGAAUCGUAAGGAUGUAGAUGAUUUUUUUCAGACUGAGAGAGAUGACAACUUGACACUCGUGGGGCUCACCAGAACAGCAGCGGAGAAAUUCCUCGAUAUGGUGCUGACAGAACAGAAAAUUGCUGUGGCAUGUGGACACUUUUCCACUUCUUUGCACCUGGUCAUUGGGCAAGAAGAAGAUCCCAUUUUAGUGGCUUUUUCAAAGAUGUGCCUGAAGCUGUCUGAGGUUAUUGACGUUGUCAAGAAAAACUUUGAAAGUGUUGCUGACAACGACAUCUACACAUUAGGCCUGGCCCUGGACCUGAAUUUACGCUAUCAAGAGGCGAAGAAGGAAAUGCUCUUCCGAAGGACCUGUAAACUGGUGGAGUUAGAGAAUGCCAACAGGAAUGCAGAGAAAGCCAAAUCGAUCAAGAAAGCAACAAUGGAAGAAAUUAAAAAGUCUGCUGAAAAGGACUUUGACCACAUUUCUGCCGUGGCUAAGCUGGAGAUUGAGAAGUUUCACAGGAUGCGGGUGGAGGUGUUUCAGCAGUCGCUGGUGGAGUGGUGCGAGAGCCAGCUCAGCACUGCCAGGGAGCGCUGUGUCCUCCUCACCCAGCAACUCACGGCCUUCAGGCUGCUGGCCACAGAGUAGCUGUAGCACAGCACAGGCCACGCCCCUUCCAGGGCACACCCCUUCCAGACCAGGAUAAUCUGCUCCCAUUCAAUCACACCACCAGACAAUUGCUAUGACUUUAAACUCAUGAGAAUAAUACUGUUGUCCUGAACCUGCCUAGCUACCUGUCUUGCACUGGGGUUAAUGAAAGCCUCUGUCCCUAAGGCUUGAGACACACCAUUGUGCUUGUUCUUGUGGUUUAUUUGUGUUAUAUAUAGUCCUUCCCAUACAACAAUGCUUUCAUCUACCUGUCCGGUAUAUCUCUGCAUAUGUGUGCAGGUGAGAGGGACAAGCUGCUCUGCUGUGGUCUACUCCCAUGCGUGUUGAGGGCACCGUGGCUAUCCUUCCCCACAGUCCGAUCAGCAGACAGAAUUGUGAUAAAUUGAUUGCCGCGCUGUAGAUUUUUUCUGUUCUCUGGGUCCUCUGUUUGGAAUCCUCGUGCAAUUAAUCAGCCUGCUUUAGGCACUUUCCAAGGACAUGGGCCUUCUCAAUGCUGACACUGUAAGCGUAAUUGCCGCAUUCUGUUUCCAUACACGCAAACCGUAUGCAGCCUUAUAGCACAGGAAACCAGGAAGGAUAACUUAUAUUAAUGUCAUCUAGAAGAUAAAUUGCUGCCUUUACAAGAUGGUGCACCACGCUAUUACAGUGAAGGAGUGUCUGGAAACAGACAUUAUGAUUUCUUUGUCUGUUAAAAAAAAAAAAAAAUGUCACCAUGUAUUGCCAAUUCUGUUUUUUGAAAAGACAUGCUCAUCAUAGAUUUAAUACAAUUAUAUAAUAAUGAAUAGCUGUGCAUAUGUUUUAUUCAACAUAAUGCUGAAAAGAAUAUAAGGAAUACAAAAAAAUCUAUGUUGAAGUAAAAAUGACCGAUUGUACCCACACCCCCCCCACACACACACACACACACUCAUAUACGCUUAAGCACUUAAAGUAGGAAAUAAAUACUAUAAAACAUGGAAACCUUAAAUAUAAUCUUAAAGAUGUGACCUAUGGGUUGUGUGCUACUAUUAUGAAUGCAUUAUGGCUGUCCAGAGAGAAUAUGGCCAGAGAUCUGCCAAGUAUUCCAUUAUCAUUAUGAGCUGGUAUGAAUGAGAUAUUCCAUGAGUUGUUUAGGUCAUUUCCAUCAUCUGUAAGUUAUUAGAACUUUAUUUUUGUGUACUUAUUGGAUGAUUCUACCAUUUGAAUUAAAUUAAAUUUUAUUUUAAUACAUUUUGUUCUAGUAAUGUUACACUUUUAGGAUGAAAGACAUAGUCAAAACAUAGGAUAAACCUAAAAUGAGUUAAACAUUAACAAAUACAUUAAAUGUUUUUUUUUUUAUAAUCCCAAUCUGAACUGGCAUUAGCUAAUGUAAUUGUUAACAGAAAUUAAUGAUGUACACAUACAUUAAAGCUGUACAGAUUAACUUUUCAGUAGUUAGUAGUUAACUACAUUAGUUUAUGCCAAUUCAUGUGACAUUAUUGUAAAUUGUUGCAAUAUAUAUUGUAUAUAGUUUCACAAAUCAAAAGCCUGUUCAAAGAGAGGUAAUUGGUGCAACAUCUGCAUUUUUGUUGCUUUUAUUCAUUUUGCAGAGCAACCUACAGGCAUGAUACACAGAGCAUAUAUUAGGAAAUGUGAAAACAAGGACAUGACACCUUUUGAAAAAUACUGCAUUUCUGUAAGUAACAAAGCAUUUGGUAAACUGUGGCAAUAAAAGCACAGCAUACUCCUAACUUGUUCUUACUGUAUACUUGAAGCAUCUUGAAGGGGCUGAUUACUGGUAAGCACACAGUGCUAAGUCCCAAUGGCCAUAUC